AUGAGUGAUGCAGUGCUGUUGAGUGAUGCUGGGAAGGCAAGGGUUGGUCUUGACUUGCGAGAGGGGCUCUUCACGCAACACCGUGCAAAGUUCAAAAAUGACGAGCUCAGGAUUUGGGUGCGCUUUGCUCCAUUGCCCGAUAUGAUUGACAUUUCCUUCAUGGAGAUCUACAAUGAGCAGAUCCGCGAUUUGCUGGAACCUCUGAUUGGCAGCAUAGGACCGAAGCCUACCACUGGAAACAAGAAGGACGAUCGGAAGGCCUGUGUUGGACUCCCAGCAUGCAUGCUGGCCUUGCACGGACACGAAUCCUUGAGCUCCCGCGUGAACUUGGUGGAUCUUGCUGGCUCAGAGCGCCGGGCUGCUAGUGCUUCGAGUCGUCUUGUGAUCAAACAGCUGGCCGAGAUUCAACAAGAGCCAAUUAACAGGUUCAUGGUCGGUGCGGUGUCCCCUGCCUCCAUUUGCGCUGAUGAGACCAUCAGCACGCUACGGCCGGGCUGCAGAGAUGGGCGCAGGGCUGAAGUUGCAAGGCUGGCUGAGAUGUUGCACAAUGCUGGGGCACAGGGAGCUGGCGACGUGAUGCACGUUCGCAGACCUCGGGGCGAUGUGCGCGAUGAGCGUGGCGUGGCAUCAAUUAGACGCUCCUCUCCAAGCGCUCCCGGGCGAAUGACCAAAGCAAGCCCAACUCCCAAGGUGUCAGCCAAGGCGCAGAGGAGACCCGUUAAGUCUGCGCCGGGUUUGCGUCCAUGUGAUAACAGCGAGGUCACAAAGUUUCUGCAACAGAUUGGUUUGCCUCAAUACGCUGAAGCUCUUUACAACAGCGGCUUCGAAGACAUGGAAACGCUGGUUGAUAUUGAGGAAGAUCACAUGCGAGAUUUGGGCAUUCUUCCUGGCCAUCAAGUCAAGCUUCGCAAGAGGCUGGACGAGUUUGAGGCUGGCGUUCCAGUGGUGCAAAUCAACCAGAGAAAAGCUUUGGGAGACUGGGAAGAGGAAGAUGACUAUCCUGCUGUACCUGUGCGCAUUGCUCCGUCCAUGACACUCCUGAAGGGUGCAACUCCAAGCGAGAAGCAAAUCAGCUCCGUCCAGUUGAGCUGGAAUCAUUUGAAGGAGAUUGGCACACCUGUUGUGGGUGAAUAUUUUUGCAAGAAGAUUCUUGAAAUUUCUCCAGAGAUCAAAGACUUGUUUCCUCCAUCUGUGCGAUGUAGAUAUCGUGAUUGGUCAACGGACGAGGAGGAGGAUGAGCGAUGCUUGGCGUCCUCUCCGGCCUUGCGCCGGCUCUUCGGCCGCGUCAUCGAUGCCGUCGGGAGCGCAGUGGCAGGGAUGCAGGACAUGAACAGGAUGGUGCCGGCUUUGACCGAACUGGGUUUGCGCCAUGUGAAUUACAACGUGAAGGAGGAGCACUUUCAAGUCUUUGAGAAGGCUCUGAUGAUCACCCUUCGUGAAGGUCUUGGCGACCUAUUCACCAAGGAAGUGGAAUUUGCAUGGAACAUGGCCUUCAACUUCAUGAGUGCCACAAUGAUAUCCGGCCUUCGCUCGGCACAGAGCGCUGCCCGCUCCCAGCAGACUGAGCUAAGCAAAGAGCCAAACAUGAGCACGACAGCCACUCCGACAGAAACUCCUUCCUCGGCGAGUGGCUCUGGCCGAGGGAGGCUGAGAGCUCAAGACGCCGCAAGUACGCCCUUCGGAGUUGGCACAGAGCUGCAUGGCAAGGAGCCAUACCGAAUAGAGAGACACCUGCAGAAGGCCAUUUUUGGCGAUGUCUUUGAGGUCUUAGGCCUGGAGAGCCAGCGGCGCUUGGCAGUGAAGGUGACCGAGCUUGAGAAGAUGCGCUUGCAGGCGAAGCAUCAAGCCUUGGUGGAAUCACCGUUAUGUGAGAUUCGCUUCGCGGAGAUGAUGAAGGGUUUGGACAAUGUGAUUCAGCUGGAGGACACUUUUGGAGAUGAUGAUAGGCAUUAUGUGGUGAUGGAGUUGGCCUCUGGGGGUGACUUAAUGGAGGCUUUGGAGCUCCGCCACAGCGGCUUCCAGGAAGAGCAUGCCAAAAAGCUCAUUCUGGACGUUGCUAGAGGCCUGGCCAGCCUCCAUAUGCGAGGUCUUGCAAUGCAGGAUGUUUCUUUGGAGAAUAUGCUGAUUUUUCUUGAUGACGAGGAACAAUGGCAGGUGCGUGUGGGCGAUCCUGGGCAGGCGGUGGCCUUUGUGAUGGAUCCGGCCACAGGGCAGGAGAAAGUCGUGUCAUUCAACGGGCUGGUGGCGGAUGACUUCAGACCUCCAGAGCUCUAUGAAGAGAAGGACUACCUUGCGAGCAGAGUUGAUUCCUGGUGCUUGGGGUGGAACACCUUUUACCUGCUCACGGCAGCGCCCCUCUUCAAGACCUCCGAUCCUGCCAUGCAGGACACCGACUUCCUGCUGUUAAGUCAAGGCAGAAUAUCGCAGCUCUUCGAGAUGAAAGGAGUUUCGCACCGGCUCUCCUAUGAUGCCAAGGAUUUUGUGACACAGCUGAUGCAUCGGGAUCCAGUGAAACGCAUGCCAAUCAAAGAUGCGCUCUGGCAUCCGUGGCUCAAGGAUUGUCUUGCGCAACAAUUGCGCGGCGAAAGCACUUCGAAGUUACGGAUGCCUCUUGUCCCAGAAGCCAGCAGCUCGACCGAGCCUGUCUUCGACACUGCGCCUGUGCCGGUGAGUACUUUGGACUCGGGCGCCAGUUCCAGCAGUGCCAACAUUUCGCCGGCGCUGACCGA